AUGUCGUCAUACCUGUCCCACCACACAGCAAACAUGGACCAGAUCUCAGUGAUGAACUUCCAGCCUUUUGCGUGGGCCUUCAGCCACCCAUGGGCGCCGCCCGUCAGCCCUCCUCCCGCCCACAGCUUCACGCCCUCACGAAUGUCUCACAAGGCAAAGGCCUUCACCAUCGACGCCCUUCUGGGACUUGACACUCAAAAGGACCUUCCCGCCACGACCGCCUCCCCGCCUGCAUCUCCGCUCUCCCUCCUUCAGCGGGAGUCCUCCGACACCGGCCUCAGGGACGCCCCCGGAAAGCUCAAGCGCCAUCGCACAGUGUUCACGGACUCGCAGCUUCAGCGGCUGGAGGAGGAGUUCCAGCGGCAGCAGUACCUGGUGGGCCCCGAGCGGCGGUACCUGGCCAGGCAGCUGGAGCUGAGUGAGCUGCAGCUCAAAGUGUGGUUCCAGAACCGACGCAUCAAGUGGCGCAAGAACCAGCUGAGCGCGACGCAGGAUCGCGACGCCUGUGUGUCUCCUCCGACGUCGCAGUAGGAAGAUGGCGGAGCCACUUUUUCUGCGAUCGAAGAUAUCCCAGUGACAGUCCUUGCGUCUUCUUUAACGAAAUU